GCAUUUCAUUCCACAGUCAGAGCCUGACAGUAAACGUUUGCGUUUUCACAGACCGUGGUCUUCUGAAUUUUGGGUCUGAAGGUAACCUCUUGAUUUGUCAGCAAAUCAUGGACAUCGUUGGCUUUCUGAAGUCUCAAUUCAUUUGCCACCUUCUGAUCUGCUACAUAUUUAUAGUGUCAGGACUGAUCAUUAACUUCAUUCAACUUUUUACACUUUUACUGUGGCCAAUCAACAAGCAACUGUUCAGGAGGAUCAACUGCAGGCUGGCUUACUGCAUUUCAAGCCAGAUGGUGAUGUUGCUGGAAUGGUGGUCAGGCACCGAUUGCACCCUGUACACUGACCCAGAGAGUUACCACAAGUAUGGGAAGGAGAAUGCCAUCGUAAUCCUUAAUCACAACUUUGAAAUUGACUUUCUCUGUGGUUGGAACUUUUGUGAAAGAUUUGGGGUUUUGGGGAGUUCCAAAGUGCUUGCAAAGAAGGAGCUCUCCUACAUGCCUAUCAUUGGCUGGAUGUGGUAUUUCCUGGAGAUAGUCUUCUGCAAGCGUAAGUGGGAGGAAGAUCGUAAGACAGUCAUGCAGAAGUUGCUGAAUCUCCGGGACUACCCUGAAAAUUUUUGGUUCCUGAUUCAUUGCGAGGGCACAAGGUUCACAGAACAGAAGCACCAGAUUAGCAUGCAGGUAGCUGAAGCCAAAGGCCUGCCCAAGCUCAAGUAUCACCUGCUGCCACGAACGAAAGGAUUUGCUGUCACCGUGCAGUGUUUGAGAAAUGUAGUUUCUGCAGUCUAUGAUUCUACCCUCAAUUUUAGAAAUAAUGAGAAUCCAACAUUGCUGGGAGUUCUAAAUGGAAAGAAGUAUCAUGCAGAUUUAUAUGUAAGACGGAUUCCACUAGAGGAAGUCCCAGAAGAUGAGCAGGAAUGUUCUAACUGGCUCCACAAACUGUAUCAAGAAAAGGAUGCAUUCCAGGAAAAGUACUACAGAACAGGAACCUACCCAGCAGUCCCUAUAGUACCACCCCGACGACCAUGGACGCUUUUGAACUGGCUUUUCUGGGCCUUAUUGCUGCUAUACCCUUUAUUCAAGCUGCUCAUCAACAUGAUCAACAGUGGAUCAUCACUGACACUGGCUAGUUUUGCAUUUGUCAUUGUAAUGGCUUCUGUUGGUGUCAGAUGGAUGAUAGGUGUUACAGAAAUUGACAAGGGCUCUACCUAUGGCAACAAUGACAACAAGGAGAAACAAAAGUAGCAUCUUCAGAGACUGCAUCAAUCCAAAGGGAAGCAAUGUAACUUCUGAAAACUCUUAAGUGCAUAUCAUGGUCCUUCAAGUGAGAUCAGAGGAAGGGUAGGAUAAGCAAUUGCCAGGCAUAUCUGAAUUUGUGCUCCUGUAAUUUUUCUCUGGGGGUUUGGGCUGGAUGACGUGCUUGAAAGAUGCAGUCCUUCGUAUACUCUCUACAACAGGCUUGCAUUUGGUUGCUUGGUUUGUUUUCCUAUAAAGUGUCUUAAGUCUUGAAGAAAACAAAAAAAAAUAUUCCAGUGUGCUUGUAGGAUGAGACUCUACCUGGACUAAACUAACCAGAGGUACAGGUUUUAUCUUUCUUAACUUGCUCUAAGGAAUGGAUAAAGUCAGAAGAUUGUUACAAGAUGAUUAAAAUUGAUAGUUGUGUAGAUCACAUGUUAACAGUUUUAACAACCAUAAUCUGUCAGUGUUUAAAUUAAGUAAGAUGCUCUGCUUGGUUAUACCAGUAUUGGACUGAAGCAGCUCUACUAACCAGGCACAACUUGCAGUAGUGUUUUUUUCUACAGCUAGAACUUACUCCCUCAGUGUGCACCACAUGGGCCCUUUAAAAUUUCAGCCAGAUCCUGACUAAAGGCCCAUUUUCUUAGAUGAGAACCUUGCAGUGGCAUAACCUGGAGUAGAAUUUGGCCUUGGGCCAUGAUUAGAGCUUAACUUACCCACUGCCAGAUCUUUCCCCAGGCAAUACAUCAGAGGGGUAGCCGAAACCUGUAAUUCUUUUCAGUAAAUGCCAUUUAGAGUUUGGAAAAACUGAAGUAGUAGAAUUCCUUUCAGUUGUAAUCACUGACUAAAACUCUAGGCCUUCCUAACAAUGGUGGACACAGAACAACUGGGUAUGCUGUAACUAAGUAUUUAAUGCAAAGCCUGCAUUAAAAGUUAUGCCCCACCCCCAUUUUGUUGUGAUCCGUUGAUCUGCUUGUCUGUCUUUUCUGAUAAAUUAGUAGACAUGGUGCCUCAUCAGAAUCAGCCUCAAGUAAGAGUUAAAUUACGUUUUGCUUUUCUUUUGGGGAGAAGAGGGAAAGUAGGAGAGAUCUAGGACAGUGGUAUGGCUUAGAGUUUUUUAAAGGCUCUCUGGCCUUGCUUUGACAGCCUUCUGAGCCAAAUGCAGCUAGAAUCAGUUAUAAAAAAAGCUUGUUUAAAAAGAAAAAAAGAAAAAAGGAGAGGGCUUGCAACCAGCAAUUAUGAUUGAAAAAAAACCCCAAAGUUAAAAUGUAAAGACACUGAUACUGAGCAGUGGGGAUGAUAAGUGGCACUGUCAACCAUGGUACAUUUUCAUUGCACAUAAGGCUAAACCAGGAGUCUGGGAAUGAACAGCCUGUGUCUCCAGUGAAGAAAGUGGGCAGUCUUAGUUCUAGCAGCUGGUAUUAAAAACUGUUUCUCUGAGGCCAGAAAAAACAGGGACUAAUUCAACAAAGUAUCAGUCAUACCAUGAAAUACGCAUUUGCUGUUCAGUACAUCAGAUUAUUCAGAAACUAGUCUUCUUAAAAUGCAGCACCUAAAGGGCAGGUGUAGUAGUGCUUUUAGUAUGAGUAGCAAGUGGUUUUUGAGACUGGAGGCAGUAAAAAGUAUAACAAACAGGCUUUUUGUGUAGUUUAUCAACACAUGAUAAUAAAGCCCAAGAUCAGAAAAUACUGCCAAGCUUAUAAAGCUAAUCUUGUCCUGCACUCUAUUUGCUAAACCAAUCUUGACAGUGGAAAACAGAGUAUUAUAUUAUAGCCUGUAGUUUUGUUGGAAGGUCCAGCUAUUCUGUAGGAAUGCAUCAGGCAUGUUAAUGAUCCAGACCUGAAGACACUGUACACAAGACUUUGAAAAUGGGGGGAGGUGGGAAGAGAGAAAAGAUCUCUCCAAGCUAGCUUUUUACUAUCAGCCUUACUUGACAGAUACCAUGGGCUUUUCUCAGGGUCAUAGAAUGAGCCCUGUACACAGGGGUGAGUAGUUCUGAGCAGUAAAUACAUAUUCAUGUAGUGAUAGAAACUAGUGCUGCUUUUUUUUUCCUUUUUAAAGAGCCACUCAUUUUACAUGCUGGGAGGGAGACAUUUAACAUUCCUUAUGAAUCUUGGUCCUUUCUUCUCCAACUGCAUGCAGUGCCACUUCUCCCAGAGGGAAAUACCAAACAUGUAAGUGCUCUGAAAGUGUUCAGACUAUUUCAUACCCCUUUCUGUGGGACCAACCCUUAGAACAAGCUGAGGGCCAAACCCACCACCCCUGGAUCCCUCCUCCUAAGUAUGUCUAGAAGUCCCGGCGCACAAGGACUGCACCACGGGGUCCUUCCAGUGUUCACUGGCAACAGAGAAAGCUCAGUGGUGCUUGCCAAAAUUAAACUAGUCCAGUUCACUGUAUUAAAAGAAUGACAUAUGCCACUUGGAAGCAGUGUUUGCCCCUUGUCCUCACAUGCAACUGUGUUCUACUACUGCCUUAACAAAAGUAGUCUUAAUGGUUGUUUAUACAAAAAUAAAAGUAUAAAAAGCUGAGGUGUAGUGAAUGAGUUUUCUUUUGGAUAGCAACAAUG